AUGAUAUCGGUAAGAUUCUAUGGAACAAGAGCAUAUCUUAUAGACAAAAGUCUUAUACCAGUAGUUUUGUUCUGGAUUGACCCAGUUGUUGGAUAUAAUUUCAUAACAUAUGGUUCAUUCGAUACGGAACGUUGCAGUGAGGGCUUACUUUACAUCGUUCAGAAACCGAAGGACUUCAAUACAAAGAGAUAUAAGAUAGGAAGAACAUUUAAUAUAACUCAAAGAUAUGACAGUAUAGUCAAUAGAGUUAAGGUUGCGUUUGUUAACGAUAUGAGAGCUGCUGAAACAGAACUACUUGAAAAGUUUGAGAAAUUGUAUGGUGCUCCCACGAAAGGUAAAGAAACGUUUGAAGUAGAUGAGAUCGACAAAGCUAUAAAAUUAUUUGACGAAGUUGCUGAAAAAUACAUGUAA